AUGGGUCUCGGACAAUCCAAGAAUACGUCAAUAAAUGAUAGUAAUAAAUUUGACACCAAGCUUGACAUCAAACCUAACACCAAAUUUGUCACCAACAAAACUGAAAGACGAAAAAAAUUCCGUUCUUUGUCAGCCUUGACCUUGUCAAAGGGAGAUGGAAAUAAUGAAAUUUGGAAUUUUAGCAGUGGUGGUAAACGAGUUCAUCAUAAUAGCUUAAGAAUCUCUAAAAUUUCAGAUUUUAUUAUUGAUGAGGAAAGACUACAAAGACGUCAUCAGUUAUUUAAACGGAUUUGGCAAACUAAUUUUUCAGCUCCCGUUGACGAAACUUUAACGGCUGGUGGUGCUAGAGUCUUAGAGAUUGG